AUGCCAAUCCUCCUCAUCUACUAUUCCGCCAUCAAGUCUGACCGCGUCUCCUUCAGGACCAUCUUCGCCCUCAUUGUCAUCAACAAGGCCGGCGGCUUAGUCUACAAUAAAAACUUUCAUGAUGGUCUCAACAAGAUAAGCACGAAUGACUAUCUUGUCCUAGCAGGAACAUUCCACGGAGUACACGCCAUCACUUCCCGCCUGAGCCCUUCCAAGGGAGCGGCAUAUAGGCAAAGCUUACAGGCUGGCGAGAGGCCUGAACCGCCAUCUGGUCUCGAGGUUCUCGAGACAGAAAACUUCCGCAUGCAGUGCUUCAACACUCUGACCGGCACCAAGUUCCUGCUCUUUACCGAUACCACCCAGACAAACGUCGACGUCACUAUCAAGAGGAUAUACGACCUCUAUGCCGACUACGUCAUGAAGAACCCCUUUUACUCCCUCGAGAUGCCCAUACGAUGCGACAUCUUUGACAGGAAGAUGUUUUCGUACAUUAGGGAAAUUAAUAACCGAUAG